AUGGCGAUCGUGUACAACCUGUUCAAGACUUUGUCGCUGGUGGUUCUUCUGAAGUCCCUUGCUGUUUUAGCUGCUUCUGAAGAUCCUUUACAAGUGAAUUAUCCGAGUGUCACUGUCCACGCUAAAGAUAAUGGAAACUUUACUAUGUCGUCUGGUUACAAUGGCGACAUUGAAAUCUUGCCCGGCGUCAACAAUACCGGAAAAGUUUACUUUGAGGGAGAAGAUUUGCUUUAUCUGUUCGAGAUCAUCCUGAGUGAGCCACCGGUAUGGUCAGAACAUUCACCUUUUGGACAUAUCGGGGAUUUCCAUGGAGGAGAGAAAGUUUUCGUCCAGUUGGAAGCUCUAGACCCAGAAGGAGGUCAGGUAACGUAUUCGGUUGUAGCAGGCGCUCUACCCCCAGGUGUAGCACUUGAUUCCACAUUAGGUCUGGUAAAGGGUCUUGCUCCUGAUGCUGACACAACGUACACCUUCACGAUCCGGGCUACUGAUUACCAAGGCAAAUACGCCGACAAAGUACUGCAGAUGAAAGUUAGAGGUAGCAAUUCAUGUACGAGAACAACAUGCAGACACGAAGGGAUAUGUCAGGAUGUUAUAAGCGACAUUCAGUGCACCUGUAUACACCCAUACGGAGGGAAAACAUGCAACGUGGACUGCAGAAGUAACAGUCUGGGAGUGGACAGUCGUCAAAAAGUCGUACCUGACGCGCACAUGUCGGCAUACAAAUCCUACAGUACUUACCUGGCAUACAAUGGGCGGUUGAACGGAGCGGGAUGGUAUGGAAUGGACAGUGAGUCAUGGCUUCAGGUCGACCUAGGAAACGUGACACAGAUUAAUGGCGUGCAAAUGCAAGGUUGUUCCAGCUACUAUUACACAACAGCGUUCUAUUUACAAUUUAGCGUAGAUGGCAAUUCUUUCACCAACUACACCACUUCCGGCGUCAGUCCAAAGAUCUACCCAGGAUACAGUGAUUCUGGCAGUGUGUAUACUUCGUCGUUGGCCCAGCCUGUCGACGCACGGUAUGUCCGGUUUGUGCCUACCAACUGGAAUCGCUCCCACAGGCCUUGUAUGCGGGUUGAUCUUCAAGGAUGCUACAACCAUUAA